AUGACUUCGCUUCUAUCCCUCCCUCGAGAGAUCCUCCUCGAAAUCGCCGACUGCCUGAGAGCCGACGAGCUACAUUGCUAUCGAUUUCGAAAUAUCCAUCUUACUAUAAUAGGAGAAGAACAAAUGUUGGAGAACCUUGAAUACUGGGACAGUGUCCUUGAACGUACACAGUCCUUUCCAUUUGUUCAACGUUUGAGCAUUCACUGCGCCGCUGACGCAGGAGGACCUUUGCCCGAAAGUGAUGAUGGGUUCCUAGAAGUACUGGAAAACGAUAUCUAUAAGCAGUGUUUGCCCGAUGAAGACGAAUGGGCUCGCUUUGGCGAGCUGUACCUCUGGAUGUGCGCCAUGUAUGGAAGAAGAAUCCCACCGCAGCCCUCACUUGCGUUGGACGACGUUUGGGAACCACUCGCGGACUUUCUAAAGAAGCUUUUGGGCCUUGAGGACGUGCUUUGGAUCGGUAUAGCCCAAUUUCCGGCCUGUCUUCUUGAGGUUUUGCACAAGGAUAUACCGACUUGUCGUUUGCACCUGAGAGAUUGCUUCCCUAAUGUUGACGGAGACGGCGGAAUAGAUGAGUAUGAUCGCAUUCUUGCUACCUCACCUUCUCUCUCUAGCAUUGUCACUGGUGUUUCGCAUGGAAUAUAUGAGUAUAAGCAACAGGCGAUUAUGCAAUUGGCCGCUGGAGCUGCUCCGAACCUUACCCAGGUCUACUUUCAUUAUGACAAUUCCGGCUCACCUGAGGGCCGACACGGUCCACUGCCUCCAGAAGUAAACUGGUUCGGAGACUCACCAGACAAGGCUGCUUCUCCCCUCCGCAUGUUGGGCCUACACCAGUCAAGCUUUGAUGAUAUGACUCCUGACGAGCUAGACUACUGGAGCAACUAUGUCUCGUUUGAAAAUCUCCGAGUCCUUCAGCUGCAUACCUUCGGCAAUGAGUUUUUGCUCAUCAAUGCGCCGGGAUACAAGUUCCCGUCAUUGAAAACGCUUUCAUUGGACCUCAGGAUCUGCAGAGACAAUAUCGAAGACCGACAGGACAUAGUCCUUAUGACGGAUGGUUUCGCCAGCGACUUCGUGUCAAGUCUACCCCCUCUCGAAAGCUUCUGUCUCUCUGGAACUUACGUUGAAGAAACGUUGCUAGCCGCCAUGCUGAAUCACGGAUCAUCCUUGCAAAGACUGGGUCUCGUUCCACUCGACAGCCAAGAUAAGUUUAGAUGGAAGAUUACACCAGAAAUAUUCCAACUUGUCGAUCGCGCUUUUCCGAAUCUUUGCAGUCUUACAGUUCGUAUUCAAAGAUCCCAGGGCGACAAAAAUGAAGUCAACAUCUACAAAGCAUUGUCCAGAAUUGAACGCCUAACGAUCGAGUUAGACUCUGCUCUUCGUUCUUCUCGAAAUCCAUAUGGUACCGAGAACGUCCUUGACUUCAUGGUCAAUCUUGCCGUUGAUGAAACGCUAGUCCGCUCCAUCCUAGCCAUACUUACACAAGAAUCUCCCUCAUCUAGUUCGCGCCUCCAGUUUCUCAAGGUAAUCCCGUUGAUAUCAGGAGAAGUUGCAGAUGCAUGGCGGUAUGUCGCACUCCGGCUGCACAAGAUCUGGGAACUCAGGCGGUUCAUCUAUAGCGAUGGCUUCUAUCUCACAAGGGCAAGCAGGCAGAGCAACGGCGAUCAAUACAUGUACUUGGAGUUUGACCUGGAAGAACUCAAGGGCCUGUUCCGUGAGCUCUGGCCGGCGAGUGGAGAGGACGAGGAGCUUGAAUGGCAUAGCUUUCCUUUGGAGAAUGAUUAG